AUGGAAGCGCCAGGUCGCAGGUCGGAGCCGCAGCCGCUCCCCGAGUAUAGUGGCAGCUACGUGGUGUCGCGGCGGGUCUACAGUGAGCUCGCCUUCCAACAGCAGUACGAGCGGCGUCUGCAAGAGCGCAGGACGCUGCGGGAGCGACUGGCCAAGAGCUGCAGUUGUUCAAGAAAGAGAGCCCUUGGUGUGCUGAGGAUCCUCCUGCCCAUCCUGGACUGGCUUCCUAAAUACCGAAUCAAGGAAUGGCUGCUUAGUGACAUCAUUUCUGGAAUUAGCACUGGGCUAGUGGGUACGCUGCAAGGUAUGGCGUAUGCUCUAUUAGCUGCAGUUCCAGUUGGAUAUGGUCUCUACUCUGCUUUUUUUCCUAUCCUGACAUACUUUAUUUUUGGAACAUCAAGACACAUCUCAGUUGGACCUUUCCCAGUGGUCAGUUUAAUGGUGGGAUCUGUUGUCCUGAGCCUGGCCCCCGAUGAAAACUUUCUCAUACCCAGCAGUAAUGGAACUGCAUCAAAUGCUACCAUGAUAGAUGAUGCAACUAGAGAUGCAGCAAGAGUACUGAUUGCGAGUACUCUUACCCUUUUGGUUGGAAUCAUACAGUUGGUAUUUGGAGUUUUGCAGAUUGGAUUCAUAGUGAGGUACUUGGCAGAUCCUUUGAUUGGCGGAUUCACAACAGCUGCAGCCUUCCAAGUGUUCGUCUCACAGCUGAAGAUCAUCCUCAACGUUUCAACCAAAAACUAUAAUGGAGUUCUCUCCAUUAUCUAUACUCUAGUUGAGAUUUUUCAAAAUAUUGGUGACACCAAUCUCGCUGAUUUCAUUGCUGGAUUACUCACCAUUAUCAUCUGUAUGGCAGUUAAAGAAAUAAAUGAUCGAUUUAAAUACAAAAUCCGAGUUCCUAUUCCUAUAGAAGUAAUUGUGACAAUAAUUGCUACUGCCAUUUCAUAUGGAGCCGACCUGGAAAAAAAUUACAAUGCUGGCAUUGUUAAAUCCAUCCCAAGGGGGUUCUUGCCUCCUGCACUGCCAUCUGUGAGCUUGUUUUCUGAGAUGCUGGCUGCAUCAUUUUCCAUUGCUGUGGUGGCUUAUGCUAUUGCAGUAUCUGUAGGAAAAGUAUACGCCAUCAAGUAUGAUUAUACCAUCGAUGGGAACCAGGAAUUCGUUGCCUUUGGGAUCAGCAACAUCUUCUCGGGGUUCUUCUCGUGUUUUGUGGCCACCACUGCCCUGUCCCGCACUGCUGUCCAGGAGAGCACUGGGGGAAAGACACAGAUUGCUGGCAUCAUCUCGGCUGGGAUUGUGAUGAUCGCCAUUGUUGCCUUGGGGAAGCUCCUGGAACCCCUGCAGAAGUCAGUCUUGGCAGCUGUUGUAAUUGCCAACCUGAAAGGGAUGUUUAUGCAGGUGUGUGAUGUUCCUCGUCUGUGGAGGCAGAAUAAGAUUGAUGCUGUUAUCUGGGUGUUUACGUGCAUAGUGUCCAUCAUUCUGGGGCUGGACCUCGGUUUACUAGCUGGCCUCGUGUUUGGAUUACUGACUGUGGUCCUGAGAGUUCAGUUUCCCUCUUGGAAUGGCCUUGGAAGUAUCCCGAGCACAGACAUUUACAAAAGUACCAAGAACUACAAAAAUAUUGAAGAACCUGAAGGAAUGAAGAUUCUCAGGUUUUCUAGUCCUAUUUUUUAUGGCAACGUCGAUGGUUUUAAAAAAUGUAUCAAGUCCACAGUUGGGUUUGAUGCCAUUAGAGUGUACAAUAAGAGGCUGAAAGCAUUGAGGAAAAUACAGAAACUCAUCAAAAAAGGUCAAUUAAGAGCAACAAAGAAUGGUAUUAUAAGUGAUGCUGGUACAACGAAUAAUGCUUUUGAGCCUGAUGAAGAUAUUGAGGAUCCAGAAGAACUUGAUAUCCCAACCAAGGAAAUAGAGUUUCAAGUGGAUUGGAAUUCUGAGAUUCCAGUGAAAGUGAAUGUUCCCAAAGUGCCAAUCCAUAGCCUUGUGCUUGACGGUGGAGCUGUAUCUUUCUUGGAUGUUGUUGGAGUAAGAUCAUUGCGAGUGAUCGUCAAAGAAUUCCAAAGAAUUGAUGUAAAUGUGUACUUUGCAUCGCUUCAAGAUCAUGUGAUAGAAAAGCUGGAGAAAUGUGGUUUUUUUAAUGAUAACAGAAAGGACAUAUUCUUUUUGACUGUCCAUGAUGCCGUCCUCCAUGCACAGAACCAAGUGAAAUCCCGAGAGAUUCAAGAUUCCAUUUUAGAAACGAUCUCCCUCAUGCAGGACCAUAAGGAUCCUCUUGAGUUAAUGGAAGCAGAGAUGAUUGAAGAAGAACUUAAUGUCGAGGAUGAGUCUUUACAUCCUCUGCAAUCUGACUCUGAGGGCACUGCAACUGACUUUGCAAUACGCCAGGGAGGAAUGGCCAAUCAAGGAUAUGAAUCUGAUGGGUUUGUUGCCAAACAGCCCAUGCCUCCGUUCUCUCAGCCUGGGUCGAAAGAACUUGCUUAUCAAAAUCCUAUAGGAAUAGUGUCUGAAAAUGAGCAAGAGGAAUCUACUGAGUCUUCAUCUGAAGAGGAAUGCGUAGACCACAUUCCUCCUAGUGAAGGGCCAUAUCAGGUUCUUUUGGCCCAAGACUCCCCUGCCACUAUGAUAUUGCAGCAACUGAUGGACCAUGUUAAAAGAAGAGCUAAAAGAUUCCUUGGCAUGUUGAUUGCUGCUAUUGUGGGUAUCAUCGCUGUUACUGCUGCUGCUGCUGUGGCUGGAGUGACUCUACAUCAAUCUGUACAGACUGCUGAAUAUGUUAGAACCUGGCAUCAGGAUGCUGAACAAUUAUGGACUUCUCAAAGACAAAUUGACUCUGUAUUGCAGAGUCAAGUGGCAGAUUUACAGCAAGCAGUUAUAUUGUUAGGAGAUCAAAUUGUUAGUUUGCAGAAACGGGUGCAACUUAAAUGUGAUUGGAAUACAACUUCCUUUUUUAUAACUCCUGUACCAUAUAAUGAAAGUAUGUUUGAAUGGGAUAAACAUCCUUCUCAUAAAGAUAGCGCCAAAAGUGAAGAAGGAAGCCUUGGCCCCUCCCAAAUCCAAAGCCAAAGCUUUGACAGCAAAGAAAGCAAUGCUGAAAGGUGUCGUCCUAGAGCCAAAAAAAAAGAAGAUACGCAUAUCACUCACCUUCUGAUGGCCCAAGACAUUGCGGAUCCGAAGGCAACCCAAAAAUCCUCAUAA